AUGCAGCCCCUGGUGAUGCAGGAAUGGCCUUACGUCCUCCCACCAUGUCCUGAGUGGCACGGCGCGGCCCCGGCGCGGCACAGCGGCGCUGCCCACCCGCUGCCUCAGGUUAAAGGCUCUCAGGAUGGCGCAGGACCUUCGUGUGUAAGCCCCCGGGCUCCCAGCAGUGUUGCUGGGCCCCAGAACCCUCUGGAGAUGAAUCUUUGUUGGAACGAGAUCAAAAAGAAAUCCCACAGCCUUCGGGCUCGGCUGGAGGCCUUCUCCGACCACAGCGGGAAGCUGCAGGUGCCCCUGCAGGAGAUCAUCGACUGGCUGGGGCAGAAGGAUGAGGAGCUGUCGGCGCAGCUGCCUCUGCGCGGGGACGUCCUGCUGGUGCAGCAGGAGAAGGAGACGCACGCGGCUUUCAUGGAAGAAGUGAAGUCCCGGGGGCCAUAUAUUUACUCUGUCCUGGAGUCAGCACAGGCUUUCCUUUCCCAGCAUCCGUUUGAGGAACUGGAAGAGCCAAAUUCAGAAAUCAAAGAUGUCUCUCCCCGGCACCGCAUCCAGAACAUCAGCCGCUUUGUCUGGAAGCAGGCGAACGUGGCCAGCGAGCUGUGGGAGAAGCUCACGGCCCGCUGCGUGGACCAGCACCGGCACAUCGAGCGGACGCUGGAGCAGCUGCUGGAGAUCAAAGGGGCCAUGGAGGAGCUCAGCACGACGCUGGACCAGGCUGAAAGCGUGCGUGAGACCUGGGAGCCCAUCGGGGACCUCUUCAUCGACUCCUUGCCAGAGCACAUCCAGUCGACCAAGCUCUUCAAGGACGAGCUCUCUCCCAUGAAGGACGGGGUGAAAGUGGUCAAUGACCUGGCACACCAGCUCGCCAUCUCGGAUGUCCACCUGUCCAUGGAGAACUCCCGCACUCUGGAGCACAUCAACACGCGCUGGAAGCAGCUGCAGGCCUCCAUAAACGAACGCCUGAAGCAGCUCCAAGAUGCCCACCGGGACUUCGGGCCGGGCUCCCAGCACUUCCUCUCCUCCUCGGUCCAGGUGCCCUGGGAGCGAGCCAUCUCCCCCAACAAAGUGCCGUACUACAUCAACCACCAGGCCCAGACAACGUGCUGGGACCACCCCAAGAUGACGGAGCUGUACCAGACGCUGGCGGAUUUGAACAACAUCAAGUUCUCGGCGUAUCGGACGGCUAUGAAGCUGCGGCGGGUGCAAAAAGCCCUGCGAUUGGACAUGGUGACCCUGGCCACAGCCCUGGAAAUCUUCAACGAGCACGACCUGCAGCCCAGCGACCGGGCGAUGGACGUGGUGGAGGUGAUCCACUGCCUGACCGCCCUCUACGAGAGGCUGGAGGAGGAGCGGGGCAUCCUGGUGAACGUGCCGCUCUGCGUCGACAUGAGCCUCAACUGGCUGCUCAACGUCUUCGACAGCGGCCGCAGCGGGAAGAUGAGGGCCCUCUCCUUCAAGACGGGCAUUGCAUGUCUGUGCGGGACGGAGGUCAAGGAGAAGUUCCAGUACCUCUUCAGCCAAGUGGCGAACGCCGGGGGCCUGUGCGACCAGCGGCACCUGGGUGUCCUGCUCCACGAGGCCAUCCAGGUCCCGCGCCAGCUGGGGGAGGUGGCGGCCUUCGGGGGCAGCAACGUGGAGCCCAGCAUCCGCAGCUGCUUCCGAUUCAGCCACGGCAAGUCUGCCAUCGAGGCGUCCCAGUUCCUGGAGUGGGCCAACCUGGAGCCGCAGUCCAUGGUGUGGCUGGCCGUGCUGCACCGCGUCACCAUGGCCGAGCAGGUGAAGCACCAGACCAAGUGCUCCGUCUGCCGGCAGUGCCCCAUCAAGGGCUUCAGGUAUCGGAGCCUGAAGCAGUUCAACGUGGAUAUCUGCCAGACCUGCUUCCUCACCGGGCGAGCCAGCAAGGGCAACAAGCUGCACUACCCCAUCAUGGAGUACUACACCCCGACCACCUCCAGCGAGAACAUGCGGGACUUUGCCACCACGCUGAAGAACAAGUUUCGCUCCAAGCAGUACUUCAGCAAGCACCCGCAGAGAGGAUACCUGCCCGUCCAGUCCGUGCUGGAGGCUGACUUCUCCGAGACCCCAGCCUCCUCCCCGAUGCUGCCGCACGCUGACACCCACUCCCGGAUCGAGCACUUUGCCAGCAGGCUUGCAGAGAUGGAAAACCAGAACUGUUCCUUCUUCAGCGACAGCCUGUCCCCUGAUGAUAGCCUGGAUGAGGACCAGUACCUGCUGCGCCACUCCAGCCCCAUCACGGACCGAGAGCCCGCGGGCAGCCAGCAGGUCCCGGGAAGCCUGCCCAUGGAUGACAAGGGGGAGCUGGAGCGCAUCCUGGCCCACCUGGAGGAUGAAAACAGGAUCCUCCAGGGAGAGCUGAGGCGUUUGAAAUGGCAGCACGAUGAGGCCGUGGAGUCCCCGACUUUGGCCACAGGCUCCCCCGAGCUGGUGCAAGACCCCCGCAACGACGAGCUCCUGGCAGAAGCACGAAUCCUCCGGCAGCACAAGAGCCGCCUGGAGACGCGCAUGCAGAUCCUGGAGGACCACAACAAGCAGCUGGAGUCCCAGCUGCACCGGCUCAGAGAGCUGCUGCUGCAGCCUCCGGCAGAGUCAGAUGGCAACGGUUCAGCGGCAUCUUCCCUGGCUUCAUCCCCGCACCAGUCCGAAGGCAGCCAGGCAAAGGAGAAGGAGCACAACACCCCCGACACCGAAACCGCAGGUGAGGAUGAGGUGGAGGCCAAGACGCAAGAGGUCAGCGUGUGCCUGGAGGACAUCAUGGAGAAGCUGCGGAGCGCCUUCCCCAGCUCUCGAGGUACUCGAGCGAAAUCCCCCUCUCUGGCCUCCUACUGCUCCCUCAGAUGA